AUGGCGUUUGGUGUUAGAUAUGGUGUUUCAAGGGUGUACAGUCAACAAUGUGGAUAUACCCUGCUCGAUGUUCAGGCGAUGCACGAUAGAAUGAGGCAGAUGUUGAGAUCGGUUCCGGCUGGAGGGUUGGACCCAACUGCCGGAAAGGCAAGGCCUGACCAACUCGUCCUGCCGUACGAUCCUUCCUUUCUGCCGGAGAAUAACCUUCCUGGGCUGGGCCUGGAUCUCUCGAAGCUUAACAGACUGCUUGACAUGGACCCAAGUCAACAAUCUAGCGUUUUCUUGCCUCAAACUCCGGACCUCAGUCAAUCUGCCCUUUCAAGUAGUUCGGCUCUGCGCCUAAACCUUCCUUCUGAUGACAAUGUUCUGAGAGAUACCGGUGGGUUUAGCUUCGAAGCAGAUAUUGCUAGUUCCGUUCAAGGCGGUCUUGACUUUGGAGUGUUGAUGGCGUCUUCCCUUAACGAGGAUGGGGGCGUGCUCCUUCAGCCUGACUUUGAGUUUGAUGAGGAUGGCAAUAUAAUCGAACUGGGGCCGAGACAAAAAAGUGAGAGGAGGCUCCAGCCUAUCAGUGAUGCGCAUGAAACCGGAAUGAAUGAAUUAGCAUUCGAUGGUCAACCCUUGCUCGCCGAUGAAGACAUUGAAAUGGCAGUAACAAGCGAACCAGCUCGACCAACUCGUCAUGCAGGAACCUUUGGCAUAGGCGACGACCCUAUAGUCCAACCGGAAGAUAUUGAUAAUCACAAUGAAGCGACAGCUGCACAAAGGCAAAGAGCUCCCAAAGUUCUCUCAACAGAUGGACAAACAGGGCUUCGUAAUGUGGACUUAGCCCGUAUGAAUGACGAAUACCUGCAUAACAUGGUAGUGGCUGCAAAGAAAAAGCGAAACAACAAGAUACCAACGCAGGCAAAAAAGAAUGCAGCGUAUUGGGUUUUCGGUCUGGGGAUCGGCUGUGUAGGUGCCGGUGUAGGAACAGCUCAAUUUACCCACCCAUUGCGUUUCUUCUCCGGCAAUGAAUUAUAUGAUACCCUUGCUCCGCAGAAAUCAAGUCGCAAGCGCCCUUUGGAUGAUGAAUCUGAGUCUGAUGCACGACGUGUACGCGCAAGAGAAGAAGACGACGCACACCUGGGCAGGUUGGAACUCGUUGACGACAAUAAUUUCUGGAAUCAGGAUGUUGAGCUUGCCCGUCAUGCAUCACCACCCCUUCACGAUGGAAACUCUUCGCAAAUGCCCUGGAACAUAACGGCCUCCGUGCAAAGCUCCCGCCAUGACGGCUCCGCAGCCAAUAUAUUCCGGGGCAUCGGAAGCGUGAGUGACUUUUCAUCCCGUGGUAUUCCCGAAUCGGUUGUCUCUUUCGGCAGAGAAGCCAGCGUCGGUAUCUCUGGGAUUUCACGGGCACGUAACCGUUUAACCAGCGCAAGCCCUCUCGCUGGACGCGGAUUCCCUUACGACAUAGACUCGCUGUCGAUUCCUGGUUAUCACGACGACCUCGACAAGCUAGAAGGCUUUGACCUAGGUCAUUAUCUUGAUAAUGACACUAUGGAAAACAGUAAUUCCAACCCAGAUGCUGCUGGUCCGUCGUAUACAAGCCAGCAAGAACUUCAGAACAGUCUCAUGGAAUCAGCCAUGGACCAGGAGGGUAUAAACUUCCUGGAUUUUCUGGCUGCUAAGAUAGCAUCGGUCAAGUCGGCGGAAAAUCCUCCCGAGAGUACAUCCAUUGAUCCUGAGAUUACAUUCGCGAGUUUGUUGCCUCCACAGAAAACUUCUUCCGCAGUCGCUACACAAGGUCUGAUGCAUAUCCUUGCACUUGCGACUAAAGGUUUUCUCUCGGUGCACCAAAGCGCAUAUGAAGAUCAGAGCAGCGCAGAUCAUGGUGUCCGGUAUGAGUAUGGAGAGAUUUUCCUACGUCUACCUGAGGUCUAG